AUGCAGCGUAAGAUAGCCGAAUUCCUGAAAUCAAAAAAUCAAAAUCCGCAAUUAUUUCUGGACUUAUUGUAUAAGGAUCCACGACCCGAAUGUCUGUGUUUGAGAGGCUUUUGCUUGGAAUACGGAAUUGGAGUACGAAAAAGAGAGAUUCAAAUCUUCAAGUUAACAACUUCAUUUUCACUUGCUACUGCUGUUACUUCUACGAAAAAACCGAAACGUGUUCGUCAAAUAGUUAGAAAACCAUGGAAAUCACACAUCGAUAUUUUUACAUUUCCAGCAUCGAUUUCUACGCCCGAAAAGGCGAAUGAAAAUAAAAAUGGAGAACAUGAAGAACCAUCGACGAAACCUGCGAUAACUCAUAGAAGAUUUCCGAUACUAAAAGAAGGAAAAAAUAUUAUUGAAGGAUUUAUGCAUACUUUGAAACUUCAGGCAAUUUCGGCGUUUAUGCCGAAAGGAUAUCCAGACUCGGUGACGAAAGAUUAUUGGAAUUUUACUAAAUGGCAGUUCUUGAAUAAGACAGCUGGAUCGGUUACUGGAGUCUUAUCUACGCAAUCUUUGCUAUAUGCGAUGGGACUUGGAGCACAAUCUGUACCUCUGGCUGCAGCAUUAAAUUGGAUCGUAAAAGAUGGUCUGGGACAACUUGGUGGUGUAAUUUAUGCCGCAACAAUAAACUCAAGAUUUGAUUCCGAACCAAAACGUUACAGAUUUCAAGCAACUCUUUACAUGCAAUUCGCUAGUCUUUUAGAGCUUGUCGCGCCUCUUUAUCCGCAUCUGUUUUUGUUGUUUGCUUCGACGUCAAAUGUUGGGAAAAAUAUUUGUUGGCUGGCAGGUGCUGCAAGCAGGGCUCAAAUGACAAAGACUUUUGCAUUACGAGACAAUCUUGGUGAUAUCACUGGAAAAUCUAGAUCUCAGGGCACUGCAGCAGGAUUGCUAGGAACUGGAAUCGGAAUCGCCAUCAGCGCAACCAUAACGGCAAUGUUUUCUCCGGCCGUAUCGGUUGCAUCAGUUGCGCAGCCAGUAGUUCACAUAUUUCUUACAUUCAUUCCAUUCUCACUUCUAAAUAUAUACGCAGCUUAUCGCUCCAAUACCUAUGUCACAAGCAGCACACUAAAUAUCCAACGAACCGAGAUGAUUUUGUAUCCAUUUUUCAAAGAAAUAUUAGAUGAUGUACUGCACAAAAAAAAAAAUUUAUCAUUAUCUAACGAGUUUCUCAACGAUGUAAUUCCGACCCCUAAAGAAAUAUCAUUGCGUGAGACUUUUGUACGAAAAUAUCGUUCUAUAUUUCGUGUUCCGUUAGUAAUGGAGCCGACAUUACAGAACUACGUACGCGAUGAAUACGCAGAUGCCUUGAAAUCAGCAUUACAACACGAAAGGUUCUUGCAUUCAGAAGAAUAUUUCAUAUUGCAUGUUCCCGAACACCACCUUUUCGAGCAAUUCCACACUCCAUCUUAUUCGCCUACUUCAAAAACAUCAUCUCAAGAUCGAAUCUUCUUACCAGAGCAUAAACAACAUAUUGCGCUAUGGUACUCUGUGAAUGCCAAACCAAUCGACCUAAUUAAAGGUUUUUAUCAUGCAUGCGCAUUACGAUAUGUUAUCGAACAUGAUAAUACAAUACAGUUUGAUGAUCGAGAGAGGAUUUUGGUGGCGAUUCGCAAUACGCAUAUGGUGGUUGAGAAAUCGUGGGUAGGGUUGUUGAAUGAGCUGAUUGAUAAGAAAUGGGACAUUGAACAUUUGUUUUUAACUGAAACAAACGAUCAUCGAUUAAUAGUUGAAGAUUUGAAUCCUUGA